AUGAUCAAAGCUGUACUUGUAUUUAAUACUCGUGGUCAAGUACGUCUUAUAAGAUUUUUUGACUCAUGUUCAACGGAAUUACAACAAAAAUUACUCCGUGAAUCUUAUCAAAUAAUAUCAAAACGUGAUAUGAACGCAUGCAACUUUGUUGAACACAAUGAUUACAAAUUGGUAUAUCGUCAUUAUGCAACACUUUAUUUCGUAUUUGUUAUUGAUUCAACUGAGUCCGAAUAUGAUAUUUUUGAAUUAAUUCAUACAUUUGUACAAUGUCUAGAUCAAUAUUUUGAAAAUGUUUGCGAACUUGAUUUAAUAUUUCAUUCAGAUAAAGCCAAUCAUAUAUUAAAUGAAUUUUUUAUGGGUGGUUUUAUGAUUGAACGUAAUUCGGAUUUAGUUUUAAAUGAUAUACGUACUCAGCUACGUUUAGAACGGCAGGAUUCUGGUGUUUUCAAGCAUGUUGGAUCAAAAAUAAAAUCUGCUGUUGACUCAAAGACUGAGCGAAUAAAAAUGGACAUGGAGAAAAAAUUUGAUGGUCAAUUACAUUAG